AUUAAUGAUCGCUGAGCAGGCAGCACCAUGUCAGUGUGACAACUGAUCGGGUGAAUGAUGCAGCACUAACCACUAGCACCAGCACCACAGAAAGGAGGAGAAGGGGUAGAGUCUACACAAGCAGCAUCUCUGUAUUGGAUUGUCAGCAUCAGCCACAGAGAAACAAAGCACCGGCAGCUAUGAAGGAUCUUAGCAAGAGGCGAGCUGCUCUGUUCAUGUUGUAGGAUAUGUGCAUGUGCAGACAACUAUAAAUACCCCUAUUUAAACCCAGGUUUCAGCGUGCAUGUACUGCAGUCAAAGCUGAGGAAUAUAAAGAGGAUGCUAAGUGUUGUUGGCGGAUAUCCCUGCUAUUAUUUCAUCUGCUAAUCAGCUAUGGGGGAAUAAGUGAAUAGUUUCUUCAAUGACCACCUACAGAAGCCACAUUGCCACAAUGGCUUUUUGAUGUCUAUCAAGAAUAGCAUGACCUUCACUCGCACAGUAUGUGCGGAGCAUUUGAAAAACGAGACUGCACUUGGCUUCAGGAGAAAGAAACAUUACAGUGUUGUGUGUUGAAUGCCAGCUAUAUGUUCAUGUAGUGACCAAUCAGUUAUUAAUAUUUAGAAGAAAAAAAAAACAAGUUCCCAUUGUGUGCUGCUGAACCAGUGUCAAGAACUGAAAAAUGAGGGAAUUAAAACUCAGAAUUAACUUGCUGUUUGGACUAACCAUCACGGCACUGGUGCAAGCUACUCAAAAAAACAUGGAUUGUCCAGAGCUGUGCACAUGUGAGAUUCGACCAUGGUUUACACCGCGAUCUAUUUAUAUUGAAGCUUUUACAGUGGAUUGCAAUGCAUUAGAUCUUUACAGCAUCCCUGACAGACUUCCAGCAAACACACAGGUCUUACUUUUACAGGCUAAUAACAUUGUAGAAGUUAAAAAUGUGGAUCAUUUUCCAGUAAAUCUUACAGGGCUGGAUUUAUCACAGAACAAUCUGUCCUCUUUGGUCAAUAUCAAUUUCACAAAUGCCCAUCAGGUGCUUUCCGUAUACCUGGAGGAAAAUAAACUAGUGGAACUGCCAGAGGAAUGCUUUUCUGGACUGGUAAAUUUACAGGAGCUCUACAUUAAUCAUAACCUGAUAGCCACAAUUUCUCCAAACACAUUUGCUGGGGUUGGCAAUUUGCUCCGACUUCACCUUAACUCAAAUAGAUUGCAAGUGGUUAAUAGUCAGUGGUUUGAAGCAAUGCCACAUCUGGAGAUUCUCAUGAUUGGUCAAAAUCCAAUAAUCAAAAUCGAAGAUAUGAACUUUAAGCCUCUUAUCAAUCUACGCAGCCUGGUGUUAACGGGAAUAAAUCUUACAGAAAUAUCUGAUAAUGCCUUCAUAGGCCUGGAAAAUUUGGAAAGCAUUUCUUUCUACGACAACAGAUUUGUUAACGUCCCCUCUGUCGCUCUUCAAAAGGUUCUGAACCUUAAAUUUUUGGAUCUAAAUAAAAAUCCUAUUAGGAGAAUACAAAGAGGAGAUUUUAGCAAUAUGUUACACUUGAAAGAACUAGGCAUUAAUAACAUGCCUGAGCUAGUUUCAAUAGAUAGUCUUGCCAUUGAAAAUUUGCCCGAUCUGAGAAAAAUAGAAGCAACUAAUAACCCGAAACUGGCCUAUAUUCAUCCCAAUGCAUUCUAUAGACUUCCUAAAUUAGAAACACUCAUGCUCAACAGCAAUUCUCUCAGUGCCCUAUAUAGAAGCACUAUAGAUGCUUUGCCCAACCUUAAGGAACUUGGAAUACACAGCAACCCCAUCAGAUGUGACUGUGUAAACCGCUGGAUAAAUAUGAAUAAAACAAGCAUCCGCUUUAUGGAAACUGAUUCAUUGUUCUGCGUAGACCCCCCUGAAUUUCAGGGUCAGAACGUUAGACAUAUACACUUCAGGGAAAUGAUGGAAAUCUGUUUACCACUCAUUGCUCCCCAGAGCUUCCCCUCCAAUCUGGAUAUAAGUACUGGCAGCUCUGUUUCCUUACAUUGCCGAGCUACAGCCGAACCGGAACCGCACAUUUACUGGAUCCUACCGUCUGGUUCUAAACUGCAGCCUAAUACAAUUAAUGGUCCCUUUUAUGUCCACGCUGAAGGAACUCUGGAAAUUACCAGCAUAACAGUUUUAGAAGCUGGACUUUAUACCUGUGUAGCAAAGAACCUGGUUGGAGCAGAUUUGAAAACAGUAGUGAUCACAGUAGAUGGAUUCCUACCUGAGGAUACCAAUGAAUCAGUCAAUAUUGACAUCAAGGAGGUUCAAAGUAAUUCUGUGUUGGUAUCUUGGAAUUCCCAGUCAAAGAUUUUGAAAUCUAGUGUGCAGUGGAUUGUAUCGCUGAAUGCAGAAUACACCAGAAUUGCUCAUAGUGUUCGGAUGCCAUCAGACGUUAAACAAUACAAUUUAACACGUCUAAGUCCUCAGACUGAAUAUAAGAUUUGCAUAAAUGUACCCAACAUUUAUCAGCAGAUGGAAAAGCAAUGCAUUAUUGUCACCACAAAAGGAAUGGAUACCAUUAGAACACAUAACGAAACCUUUAAAACAACAGCUCUUAUUAUUAUUAUGUGUGGCCUAUUUGGGAUCAUUACCGUGGCUUACUUUUUUAACUACAUAUCUAUAUACUUAAGACGCUUUUCUGAGCAGAAAUGCAGUGGAGAUCUUUUGCAGAUGCCCCCAUUUGCAUACAAUAACCUUUACCCUCCUUUGUUGAACCUUUGGGCUCUUGACAAUGAAAGCACAUCUCUAGAAGUGAAGUCUACAGUAAUACAAGUACCCAGUAUGAUGCCAUAAAAACGACACAAAGAGAAUGUGACCUAUGGAAUACAAAAAAAAAGCACAAGGUUGUAGUUGUGCUUCUCUUAAAGCAGGAAGACUAGUUUCUAGGAAACAAAGGACAACAUAAUGUUACGGUAUGCUAAGGCUUAACAUACUUAUAAGCCAGAUGCCCAAGUCAUUAAUACAAUAAAAACUAGAUACCACAAAGAACUAUGACUCCCUUUGUCACAUACAAUACAGAUAUAUAACUUUUGUUUGUAUUUUCCUUGGUUUGUUUCGAUUUUUUUAUAUUAUACUGUAGUUGAACUGAGCAAUACCUCCUCUUCUGUGAUGUAUUACACAUUUUAGCCAAGAGUUUUUCAAGUGACAGAAUUAAAUAGAAUUGACACGUGAUGUUACAAAAUGAACAUUCCUGUAGCGUAGUAAAGACGGUAAAUAUGUAAAACUUUUUUUAUGGAUAAAAUACAUUUUUGAUUAAAAUAAAAUUUACCUGUG